UUGCUGUCUCACCACUCAUGCUUCCUGGCUUUACUCACAUGCUCAGAGAGGGAAGAGCUAUAGUGUCUUAGCCACACAUGAAGAAGGUCUGUCUAUUUUAAACCACACCGGACUGGACUCAGGAUAUUUUUAUAUCUCCUAAAGCGUAUGACAGAUUGUAUGUAAAGUAGAGCCAGAAAAGAGUUUGAGUUCCUUUAUUUUACAUUUUUCUGUAGGAUUUUUCUCCAUCUGACUGGAGGUGGUCGUGUGUGUGACAGACAGCCAGAGAGAGAUAGGGAUACAGAGUGUGUGUGUGUGUGUUUGUUUGUUUGUUUGAGUGAGUCUGCAUGUGUGUGUGUGAGAGAGAAAGAGGACCAGGAUGAUUGCGGCCCAGCUACUAGCCUAUUACCUCACUGAACUCAAGGAUGAUCAGGUUAAAAAGAUUGAUAAGUACCUGUACUCCAUGCGUUUCUCUGAUGAGACGUUAAAGGAAAUCACGCAGCGGUUUCGGAGGGAGCUAGUCAAAGGACUGGGGCGGGACACUAACCCCACUGCUGUGCUGAAGAUGCUGCCAACGUUUGUGCGGUCAAUCCCUGAUGGCUCAGAGAAGGGAGACUUCAUUGCGUUGGAUUUGGGAGGUAGUAACUUCAGGAUUCUCCGCGUCAGAGUGAGCCAUGAGAAGAAACAGACCGUUCAGAUGGAGAGUCAAAUCUAUGACACACCAGAGGACAUCAUCCACGGCAGUGGAACAGGACUGUUUGACCAUGUGGCAGAGUGUCUUGGUGACUUCAUGGAGAAACACAACAUCAAAGACAAGAAGCUCCCAGUUGGAUUUACCUUCUCCUUCCCCUGCCAGCAGACCAAACUAGAUGAGGGCUGUCUGAUAACAUGGACAAAGCGUUUCAAGACCAGUGGAGUGGAGGGAAUGGACGUUGUCAAGCUUCUCAACAAAGCCAUUCAGAAACGCGGAGACUAUGAAGCUGACAUCAUGGCAGUAGUGAAUGAUACUGUGGGAACAAUGAUGACCUGUGGUUUUGAUGACCAGCGCUGUGAAGUCGGCAUUAUCAUUGGUACUGGUACCAAUGCGUGCUACAUGGAGGAGCUGCGUCACAUUGACCAGGUGGAGGGAGACGAGGGUAGGAUGUGUGUCAACACUGAGUGGGGAGCCUUCGGAGACGACGGCAGGCUGGAAGACAUCAGGACAGAGUUUGACAGAGAGAUAGACCGAGGCUCUCUCAACCCCGGAAAACAGCUAUUUGAGAAGAUGGUCAGUGGAAUGUACAUAGGAGAGCUGGUUCGUCUCAUCCUGGUGAAGAUGGCCAGAGAGGGCUUGCUGUUCGAUGGGAGGAUCACCCCUGAGCUGCUCACUAAAGAGAAGCUUGAGACCAAACACAUCUCAGCCAUAGAGAAGAGCAAGGAGGGGUUGACCAAGGCCAAAGAGAUCUUAAGCAGACUUGGCGUGGAGCCCUCACACGAUGACUGCAUUGCUGUGCAGCAUGUUUGCACAAUUGUGUCUUUUCGCUCUGCCAACCUGAUAGCUGCCACGCUGGCAGGAAUCCUACUGAGGCUAAAGGAGAACAAAGGCGUGGCACGACUUCGAACCACUGUAGGCAUCGAUGGAUCUCUGUACAAGAUGCACCCACAAUAUGCCCGUCGUCUUCAUAAAACAGUCCGUCGUUUGGUCCCAGACGCUGAUAUUCGAUUCCUCCUAUCAGAGAGUGGCAGUGGCAAAGGAGCAGCCAUGGUAACAGCUGUGGCCUACCGACUCGCCGAACACUCACGAGAAAUUGCCCAAACGCUGUCUGAAUUCCGCCUGACGACCGAACAACUGCUGGAUGUAAAGAAGAAAAUGAGGACCGAGAUCCAAAAUGGCCUUUCAAAGAGCACUCAAGACUCUGCUACUGUCAAAAUGCUGCCAACCUUUGUAAAAAGCACUCCUGAUGGCUCAGAGCAUGGUGAUUUCCUGGCUUUGGAUUUAGGAGGAACCAACUUUAGAGUUCUGUUGGUUAAGAUUCGUUCAGGCAAGAAGAGAACAGUGGAGAUGCACAACAAAAUCUACGCUAUUCCUCUAGAAGUGAUGCAGGGCACAGGAGAGGAGUUGUUUGAUCACAUCGUGCAGUGUAUCAGUGACUUCCUGGACUACAUGGGGAUGAAGAAUGCUCGUCUUCCUCUGGGCUUCACCUUUUCGUUUCCCUGCCGGCAGACCAGCCUGGAUGCUGGCUUCCUGUUGACAUGGACCAAGGGCUUCAAAGCGACAGACUGUGAAGGAGAAGAUGUGGUGGGAUUGUUGAGGGAGGCCAUUAAGAGGAGAGAGGAGUUUGACCUGGAUGUAGUAGCUAUAGUGAACGAUACAGUGGGAACCAUGAUGACCUGUGCUUAUGAAGAGCCCACCUGUGAGAUUGGGCUCAUCGCUGGCACUGGCAGUAAUGCUUGUUACAUGGAGGAAAUGAGGAACAUUGAGAUGAUAGAAGGAGAUGAGGGACAGAUGUGUGUCAACAUGGAGUGGGGAGCUUUCGGUGACAAUGGAUGUCUUGACGACAUUAGGACAGAGUAUGACCGCGCUGUGGAUGAUUUAUCCCUCAAUCCAGGCAAACAAAGAUAUGAGAAAAUGUGUAGCGGAAUGUAUCUCGGGGAAAUUGUCCGAAACAUCCUGAUAGAUAUGACCAAGAGAGGAUUCCUGUUUAGAGGACAGAUUUCUGAAACACUAAAGACCAGAGGCAUCUUCGAAACCAAGUUCCUCUCACAGAUAGAGAGUGACAGAUUGGCUUUGCUGCAGGUUAGAUCCAUCCUGCAACACUUAGGGCUGGACAGCACCUGUAAUGACAGUAUCAUUGUCAAAGAGGUAUGUGGGGCAGUGUCACAUCGUGCAGGUCAGAUUUGUGGGGCAGGAAUGGCGGCUGUGGUCGAUAAGAUCAGAGAGAACCGAGGACUGGACCAUCUGGACAUCACUGUAGGGGUGGACGGGACACUCUACAAACUGCAUCCACAUUUCUCCGGGGUCAUGAUCCAGACAGUAAAAGAACUGGCUCCUCAGUGUAACGUCAACUUCCUGCUGUCAGAGGACGGCAGUGGGAAAGGAGCAGCACUCAUCACAGCCGUGGGCUGCCGGCUGAGACAGGAGUCAAACAAUAAAUAGAAAAUAUCUCUUCUGUCUCGCUGUCAUCUCCCCAUCUUACUGUGUGCCCCCUCUCUUCUCCAACCUUUUCUUUCCCUUUGUCUUCUGUCCUCCUGAAUCCAACCACUCCAGUCAACGUAUCACACUCCUGUAGCUGCUUUAGCUAAUCUACAUAACAGAGAGGAUGAUAGCUUAAAUAAAACAUGCACAUUCAACUCCUGUAAAAAAAAAAAAAGAAGAUGUGCAGGGUAGAAACAAAGUGGCCACACGCUCCUGUAAUGUUCCUAUGAGUUGUUUAUCAUUGCCAUCUGGAGGAUAAUUGCAGUCUUUUACAAUAUACCAAGUACAACCGUUGCAAGACAAUUUCCAAAAGCAUUGCAGAGAAAAGUUUUUUCUCACCACAUGUUGAGUAACUGUAGGGACGUAAAAACUUGGUUUUAGACCAAAGUUUUCAAAGUGUGUCUGCUACUCACUGUCUCUUCAAUAAGACGAAGAAGGGAUACAAGGAAAUAUAUAAAUGUAUAAUUAGAUGAAAGGGAAUAUUUUUGCUCAAAGAAAUGUAAGAUCUUACCCAGAUACAGUAUGUUAUACACACUGUUGCUAUUUAUUUUAUUUUUGUAUUGGCCAAUGUUGAAAUUUUUUGCUGUUCAUAUAAUGCGGCAAACAGACGAAGCGACCUCAGUUAGUACCUGCCCUGUAGUGGAGGAUUUAAUAAACCAUGUCGGAGCAGAAGGGUCAAAAAAGAGGGACUGUUUCCAGAUCUGGAGGAUAUGUGACAUGCUUGCUUAAUGUGCAGAUUUGGUCUAAUGUAUGACAGUAAUUCUAUUAUUGUACUAUAAAAUAUGUCUAAAAAGCGCUUGUAUGUUACAAAGUAUGUUGUUGGUUCUAAUCGCUGUUAAUAAGUUUUUCCUCGUCUUAAGAAGUGCUGGCUACACUCAUCAUCACAGUGAGACUUAUCAGUUACUUGGUAACUGCCAGGAAUGCGGUGCUAACAGCCAGUUGAACAACAAUGGCCAAAACGGUGUACAACAGCACAUUUUAUACAUUAGCUGAAACUUUAAAGGGAAUUGAAGCAUUUGGGAAAUGAAGUGUCUCCCUAUCCUCACUCACUGUACUCCAUAUGCUCCAAAAGAUUCAGAAGAGUGUUUAAGUGAACUACUGUAUGACUCAUUCAUGUAACAUAAUUCAUGCAAAGUCAUAUUUAUUUUUCUUUGUAAUAAAAUCCAAUCAUAAUAUUGCUGUUAAU